AUGUCGGCGACUCAAGCUCAAGUGCGACCGCGAGUGAAUAUCUGUCCUGGUGGGGUCCGCGCUGCUGUCCGGUCUGCGCGUAAGCCCGCUCCCCUGAGUGCACGCGAACGCGAGCUGGAACGCCUACUUGCUGAGAACGGGAUCAGCGUCCCAAACACUCUCCGGACCGGGACACCGACGCGGAGGGCUGCCCGAGCGUCUGGUGCUUCCCCUAACAUCACUGCGAGCACCGUACCCGCUGAUCUCCCAAUCCCCGACAUGGAGCUGGAGAUGGAAAUGGACCUGGCCAACCCGGGACCAUCGAUGGGACUGGACAUGGCAGGUGGGAUGCACUCGCUGCCCGAACCAGAGCCACAGCUGCCUGGUCCUCAGUCAGUCACUUCGGUAUCUGCGUCUCUGCCAUCCCUUGGCCCCGCGCCACAAGUCCACCCCGAGGCAGCGUUCCUCUUUGACGAGGAUCCGCACACGAGCGGUACUCUGAUGAUCACUGCGGAUGGACGGUCCAAGUACCUCGGGCCCCGCGCCGGCAACGAGUGGCUGAAAGAUCAAGAGAUUGACGAGCCUGACGAGACUCCCGCCGCAACGCGCCAGCCGUCACCUAAUACAGAGGACAAGGAUGAGGGUUCCGCGGCACUGGAUCGGGCUAGCCACUCGUUCCCCUUUGGAUCGUCGAGACGUUCGCGCGGGGUGAGCAUUGCAAACCUCCGCAAACGGUUACCCAUCGAAAGCCAGGGACGUGCGCUUGUGGACUCGUACUUUCGGUACUUUGCAUGGUCAUACCCGAUCGUACCCAAGGACAAGCUGCGCGCACUCAUUGACAAGGUGUAUGCCCCCGAAACUGGCAAGGGUCACGGUAUAUCACCCGACACGGCGCUCCUGUUUGUCCACCAGCUCGCCCUGGUGUUCACCGUGAUGGCGAUGGGUGCACUUCACCACCUCGAACUGCAGCCAGACGACCCCAUGGCCGAGGAGUUUCUCGCUGCCGCACGGGCAUGUCUCACCAAGGGCAACUUUCUCAUCAUCAACACUGUCCCAGCUCUGCAGUGCCUCCACCUCAUGGCCCAUGUGCACCUGGAGACGGAGCAUGGACGCAACGGCGAUACGGCAUGGCCACUGUGGGGCCUAGCGAUGCGCAUGAUACAGGCUAUGGGUAUCCACCGUGACGGUGUUCGCUGGAACCUGCCGGAAGAAGACAUCGAAGAGCGUCGCAUCGUGUUCUGGAACAUGCAGGCCGCAGACACGUUCCAAGCCAACUGCUUCUCGCGGCCCAACUCGAUCCAGGGGCGGUACUGCGAUGUUCAGUUUCCGUACGACGCCCGGCUGGCCGAGAGCAAUGGCGAAGAGAGAGGCUAUCACACGAUAAAGUACCAAAUUGCCCAGCUCAGUGCAGACACCCCGACCAUGGACGCUGUCAUGGCGCUGCACACGCGGAUCAUCGAUUUUGAAAAGGCGAUUCCAUACCGCCUGAGAUGUCGGGCAGCGUAUCUCGCCUUGCCGUCCAUGUUCUCGAGCGCCGACGAGGCCAUCCAGAAUUCACCCGAGGUGGAUAGAUGGGACCUCGAGCUCACUCUCCACCAGUACAACAUUCCGUUUCUCAUCUCCGAACAGCUCAUCAACCUCCACCGGCCGUACUUUGUGCGAGCGCUCAAGUCUCGUCCAGCCGACCCCGUGCGCUCCCCAUGGGGCCAGAGCUUCCUCGUGGUGAUCGAGCGUAGUAAUAUCAUGAUCUCCAUCGCAGCAGGCCUUCACACCCUCCAUCCAAACGUCUGCGCACGGCACUGGUUCCUGUGGUUCCACAGCUUCAACUGCGCCGUCACCAUGGGCACCGUCAUCCUCGCGGACCCAUACUCUGAGCUGGCGCCAUUCUGCCUCGCGCAGAUGGACCUCGUGAUCAGCGUGUACUCGACCUUGGUCCUGAACCGGUCGUCGCCACGCAUGAGCCAAAACCUGCGCUGGCUCAUGCGCCUGCGCCAGCGCUGCGUGGACCAGCUGGAGCGUCUGGCCGAAGGUGGAGGCGGAGGUGCCGGGCCUGGACCAGUUGAUGCAUCCAGCUCUGGAGCGUCAAAGGAGGUGGGGGCAGGUCUGCCUGGGGACAUGGGGCCGACAGGCAUCCCUCCACGGCCACCUGCACCCACACCGAGCGAGCACGAGGACGAGCUCCUCGGGUGGCGGACGCGAUUGAUUGAGCGGACCAGCAAGGGCGUCCGCCGGGCAACCACCAUCAGUCGGCGCGGCAUCGGUAGCGAAACUGGGGGAGCGCUGGGGAACAUGUUCAGCCCCGCGGCCAGCACGAGCGGGCUCACAAACCUCACCACACCGAGCCCCAACACCCGCCUCGACCAGCACAUUGCCACGGCGCUGGACCAGCUGCUCGCGGGUCCCAGUACAGACCGGCCGCUCCCGGCUGAACGUGGUAACCUCGACGAGCUGUAUACCAGCACCGACCAGAUGUUGCACAACUUUUGGGACCCAACCACCAUCCUCGGUGUUACGGGCGAAACGGGCGGGAUGAGUCAAUGUAACUUUGUAGCAGAACGCAUGGAUGCGGUCCAGACCUGGAUGCUUGGUCAGUAUCUGUGCGAUGAUUUUGAGGGCGUUGGCUUGGGACGAUGGAGAGGCGGUGCCGGUGCCGACGCGAGCAUCAUCGAACAAGCAUGUCUCGAGAUUCCGCCCCGUUGA